UGGGCUACUUUUUAGAAAAUUUUUGUUACAAAAACUAAAAACAGCUGGCAACGUUGACUCGCUUCAGUCUCCAUAGUUGUUCGGUCUCUUCACGUGUUGAAGUAAAGUUCUAUAAGCGCCAUAUUGUUCUAUAAAUAUAAAAUCAACGAUUAAUAAGUUUAGCAAGAUGCAACUCUUUUUACAAAGUGAUCAACUUUAUUCCAUUGAAGUUCCUGAAAAUGAAAAGAUAUCUUUUCUAAAGAACUUUAUUGAAAUCACUGAGAAUUUACCACAAGAAGAACAGUUAUUCUAUUAUGGUGGUAAACCUCUUCAUGAAGAUGAUAAUAUUUCUGAUUUUCUUAUGAAUGGUGCUACUGUUGACAUUUCUAUAAGAUUAAGGGGAGGCAAAGUUCAUGGUUCUCUUGCUCGUGCUGGUAAAGUUAAAGGACAGACUCCAAAGGUCGGUUUUGUAGUAAUUACCUUACAUUAAUUGAGCUGUUGAUUUUGAAAGUGGGGCAAGUUCAUUUUAUGUUA